AUGUUUUUUGUGCCACAGAGAUCACCAGGUACUAGAUAUGGAGGACUUGAUGAUGCCACACAUUUGGUCUUGGAUCUGGAGAUAAAUGAUGCUCAUCAGCAGCUCACAUCCUUAGACAUACAGGCUGAAAGAGAGAACCCAGAGGGAGACACGUUUAUGGAUGGCCUGCCUUUGUGCCAUCACACUGCCAACAGCCUCUCUGGUCCUCCUGCAUUAACUGUGCCCAUGCCGUGCCUUUCUCCGCAUGAUGGCGGCUCUACGGAAGCAGCUGCACAGAAAGGACGACAAUAUGGGAUGGAUUCAGACGAGUGGAAUCAGUGGCAGAGUGAGUUCAGAGGGCAGAUCAGGGCUCUGCGACACUGGCUGAAGACCAUGGAGAAGAGACUCCCUCCACCGGAUCCCGAUCUGCAGAGUGAUGGUCAGUCAAGUUCAGACCAGGAUUCAAGUCUAGAUCAGUGGAAGGAUGGCAGAAGUGUUUUGGCUCUGAAAGAUCAGUUCAGGGAUCCGUUGAAAUUCCAGCAAAAUCUGGAAACCCUGUUGACGUGGGUCUGCGAGAUUGAGGAACUGACAGCCAAUCAAAAACCACCAUCCUCAGAGUUUAAAGUGGUGAAAGCCCAACUGCAAGAGCAGAAGCUCUUACAGCGCCUCCUAGAGGACAGGAGACCCAGUAUGGAGACUAUGAUGCAGGAGGGUCCACACUUGGCAGAGGGGCUUCAGGGAAAUGACGGUGAAAAGACCAAAGUGCAGCUCGCACAGCUCAAACUCAAGUGGGAGGCUCUACUUCAGGGUGCUAACAGCAGACACAGGAUUCUGGAGGACAUUCUGCCAAGAGCUCAGCAAUUCCAGGAGAGGACAGACAGACUUCAGCAAUGGCUUAUAUCUGUGGAUCAGGAUUUAGCUGAGCUCCGCUCUGCAGAGAGAGGGAUGCUGCAUCUGCAAGAAGCCACAGGACAGGCCAAGGCAGUGAUGGAAGAGAUAAAAGCUAAGAGUGUCGACCUGGGGAAACUCCAACAAUGUGCUCAUGAGCUCAUGGAAAAGAUUUCAGAGGAGGAAACGCAACUGGUGCAGGAGCGGGUGGACAGUCUGCGUAUCCGGUACUCAGUGAUGAGUCUUGGUAGUGCUGAUAUCCUGCAGAGGCUGGAACAGGCUUUGGAGGCAUCUAGUCGAUGUACCUCCAGUCAGGAAGACCUACACCUGUGGCUUGGUCGAAUUGAGAGAGAGCUGCUGGUUCCUGCUGCCCAGAGCCAGACUGGGGAUACAGUCUUGUGUUCUUCUGAGAGGCAGAAGCUGGAACAAGCAGUUGAAAAAGAGUCGGCUUGGUUUAGAGACACAUCACUGGCACUGGAGGAGCUCAGAGCCAUUAAUUUGAACCCAGACGUCAUUGCAUCCCAGCUCAAUGAGCAGAAAAUACUUGCUGUAGAGAUUCUGCAGCACAAGUUUAACAUUGAGAAAAUGGUGAAGAUUUUGGAACUACUGCAGACAUACACUGAGGAUGGGGAGACACUGAGACUCCAGUCUUCCCUAGACACCUUACAGGAGCAGUGUCAGGUCACUACUGCCACUAAUUCCCAUGUCGUGCUUCAACUGGAGCAUGCACAGUCGCUCUUGUCUCAGUUCUCAGAGGGCUAUGCUGAGGUGUUACCGUGGUUACAGGAAACCAAAGCCCUUAUUGGCCAGUUUACCCUGAACACCAUCAGCUACGAGGCUUUCCGAGAACAACAGGACCUUUUACAGGGCAUCAGGGAGUCCAUAGCAGAGCAUAAGCCGCUGAUAGCAAGGCUGAUCAUGCUGGCCCAGCGUCUAUCAGACCUGAAUGCAACUCAGGGAGAAGACUUCUGCCAGAAAGCUAGGGACACUGAGGAGCAGCACCUGGCCAUCAGAGACAGGGUUCGGGAAGCUGCUGGAGUACUGGAGGAGUCUCUGCCCCGCUAUACACAGCUGAAUGAGAGGAUGACACUGAUUGGAGAGAGACUGGAGCGUCUGUGUAGUCACCUGCAAGCGUCAAUGGUUCUUCAAGGACUCACCCCACGAAUUCAGGAGCAGCUACAGGACAACAAGCACACACUGUCUGAGCUCUCCAAAAUGGAUCUGGACCUCAGCAGUGUGAGGACACAGGCACAGGAGCUCCUGAACAAUACAGGGGCCCUUGGGGACAGUUCCAUUGGUGCAGCUACUCAGGAGCGGGUUUGCAGUCUAACAAGCCGCUGGGAGGAGGCUCAAAGACAAGCUCAGGAGAGGGAGAAGUUUCUUCUCAAUCUCCUGGAUCUGGCAGUCAGGUUCUGGAAUGAUGUGAGCGACUUGACAACUGGACUGAAUGAUGCCCAGCAAGCUGUUCUGGACCUCAACUCCAGUCGAUCUGAUUCAGAAACCAUCCGACAGAGCCUGGAGACCAUGCAGACACUCAGGGAGGACAUUGAUUCUCUUCAAGGUGACCUGGACACACUGGGAAUUCUGGGAAUGGAACUCAUGUCAGCUUGUGGUGACACAGACAAACCAGAGGUCACCAAAUGUUUGGAUGAGCUUUACAGCACGUGGAACAAUCUCAGUAAGAUCUGGACAGAGUGCAACAGUAAGUUAGAAGAAUGUUUACGGAUGGCUCUCCAUUAUCAGGACAGCAUGCAGGGACUCUUUGAGUGGCUGAGGUCUGCAGAGCUGAAAUCCACCGAGGAGUUCUCAGUGGGAUCUGAUCUGGGAUCAGUUAAAGAGCAGUUAUGUGACCUGAAGGAAUUUAAGCGAGAGCUCUAUCAGAAGAAGAUUGAGAUUGAGAGUCUAAACCAUCGCUUUGUGUGUCGUCUUUCUCCGGGCACUGAGCGGCCUGGGUCUGUCUCUCCACUGUGUGACUUCCGUCAGCGAUGGGACAACCUGGAGUCAGAGACUGUCAGCAGACAGCACCAGUUGGAGUGUGCACUGCUGGGCUUGGGUCAGUUCCAGAACACUCUUGAUGAAUUGCACGCCUGGCUUUCCCACACAGCUGACCUACUGCAGGCCUCUCAGCCAAUCAGCAUUGACCUGCAGACCUGUGAGAUAGAGCUAGCCAAACACAAGGUUCUGCGGAAUGAUGUGAUGUCCCAUGUGCACACGGUAGACUCUCUGAACCAGGCCGGCAGAAACCUGAUGGAGUCUGGGGCGGGAGACGUUUCACAUGUCCUGCAGACUCGUCUGGAACAGCUGAAUGAACGCUGGGAAUUUGUGCGCUGUGAGACAGAGCGCAGACAGCUAGAGCUGGAAAAUAACCUCAGUCAGGUUCAGGAUGUAACCAUGGAGAUCCAGGAUCUCCUGCAGUGGCUGGAACACACCGACCUGAGGCUGUCGUCCAGUAAGACAGUGUGGGGAAUGCCUGACUUUGCCAACGAGAGACUCAAUGCACAUUUGGAGUUGUGUAAUGAGAUGGACUCUAAAAUGCACGCCUACACAAAUGUCCGCAACGCCAUCCACAGGAUGCUGGAAGGCAGUGAAGUGGCCCGGGGCUCCAGUACAGAGCACAGCUUAUGCAUACUGGAGCAGAAGUGGAGCGCUGUCUACGCUAAAAUGCAAGAAAGAAAGGCAAAGUUAACCGAGGGACUUGGUCUCGCAAAGGAGUUUAACAGUAAUGUCCAAGACCUGCUGAGCAAAAUGGCCAAGUGUGAGGAGACCAUAAAUACUCUGCCUGCGCCCAGCUUCAUUUUGGACACAGUCUGCGCUCAGCUUCAGGAGCACAGGGUGCUGGUAGGUGAGGUGCAGUCUUAUGGAGAGAGGAAGACGAGUGUGGAAACCGCUGCCACACGUCUUUUGGAGCUCAGCAGAAAGGAAGACUGUGAUGUAGUGCAGAAUCUCAUCAUGACCGUUCAGGACCGAUACAGGAAACUCCACCAACACACCACAGAGAGGGGGAAAACACUUGAGGAUGUCAAGAGACAUGCUAAACAGUUCAAUGAAUCCUGGCACUUACUGGUGGACUGGAUGACGGAGGUUGAGCAGACGCUGGAUACACACAAAGAGAUCGCUGUGUCACAGGAAGAGAUCAAACAGCAGCUCACUGAACAAAAGGAGUUCCAGAAACUUCUCCGCUCGAAGCGGCCCAUGUAUGAGGCCUGUCUGAAGAGUGGCCGCUCACUGCAGGAGAAAGCCCGGAGUCCUGAAGACACACAGCACCUGGAGAACAUGGUGUCUGAGCUCAGAGACUCAUGGGACACCAUCAGCGGCAAAUCCAGCGAGAGGCAACACAAGCUGGAAGAGGCUCUGCUGUUUUCAGGCAGAUUCACUGACGCUCUACAGGCUCUUAACGAUUGGCUGUACAGAGCCGAGCCACAGCUGGCUGAAGACGUGCCUGUCUGUGGUGAAAAAGACCUGGUCAACAAUCUGAUUGACAAGCACAAGGUGUUCCAGCGGGAGCUCGGGAAGCGCGCCAGCUGUAUCCGCACGCUCAAGCGGUCGGUCAGGGAUCUGACGCGGAGCAGCACGGCCGACGCCCACUGGCUGCAGGAGCAGAUGGAGGAGCUGGAGGGCCGCUGGGAGGCCGUGUGUAAACUCUCUGUGUCCAGACAGACUCGACUAGAGGUCGCGCUGCAACAGGCGGAAGAGUUCGAUGGAAUGGUUCACACUUUCCUGGAUCAUCUUUCGGAUGUUGAGAGAGUCCUGAAGUACGGAGUGCUGCCUGAGGAAGAGGAGGCUCUUCUGGCAUUUCGUACCUGUCAUCAGGAGUCUAUGAGUUUCUUAAACGCUCAGCAGACGGCGCUGGAGAACAUUCGCAAACUGGGUGAGGAGAUUCUGUCCUCCUGCCAUCCGGACUCUGUCAUCACCAUCAAAUCAUGGAUCAGCAUCACAAAGACUCGCUAUGAAGAGGUCCAGACUUGGGCGAAACAGCAGGCCGAGAGGAUCCAGACCACACUGUCUGCUCUCGAGGCAGAGAGAGAAAAGAUACAGCGAUUACUGGACUGGAUCUCCUCCGCUGAAGAGUCUCUCAAUCUAAAAGAACAGGAGCCGCUGCCUGAAGACAUAGAGCUCAUUGCAGAUCUCAUCACUCAGCACGCGGAUUUUAUGGAUGAGAUGAAAGGGAAGGUACCAGAGGUUGAAAAUGCCACAAAAUCCUGUAAACACAAGCUGGUUCCCAAGCAGCAGGUUUCCCCUAGUCGCAAGGCGCCAGCAAAGAGGAGAGGCACAGCAAAGCCCCCACCGUCUGUUCCUCUUCCACUGGAGAAACUGGACCCUCAGACGCCCAUGAUGUGUCAGCUGGUGAGUCAGUGGAGGAAACUCUGGCUCCUGGCCCACAGCAGACAGAGCAGACUAGAGGAACAUCUACAGAGGCUGAAAGAGCUGGAGGAGUUUGCUAAUUUUGACUUCAACAUCUGGCGGAAAAGAUACAUGCAGUGGAUAAGUCACCUCAAAUCCCGGAUACUGGAUGUUUUCCGUAGCAUCGAUCGAGAUCAAGAUGGCCGAAUCACUCACAAGGAGUUCAUUGACAGUGUUUUGGCUUCUAAAUUUCCCACCAACUCCCUGGAAAUGACUGCAGUUGCUAACAUAUUUGAUGUUAAUGGUGAUGGAUACAUUGACUACUACGAAUUCGUGAGUGCCCUCCAUCCAAGCCGAGACCCUUACAGAAAGACGAUAGACACAGACCAAAUCAACGAGGAGGUGAGUCGUCAGGUGUCUCAAUGCAACUGUCCAAAGAGAUUUCAAGUAGAGCAAAUUAGUGCAAACCGCUACAGGUUUGGAGACUCUCAGCAGUUGCGAAUGGUUCGUAUUCUCAGAAGCACUCUGAUGGUUCGGGUUGGUGGUGGAUGGACGGCCUUAGAUGAGUUUCUAGUAAAGAAUGAUCCCUGUAGAGUAAAGGGACGCACAAACCUAAAGAUAAAGGAGAAGUAUCUCUCUCCGGAUGCGUUCGAGACAUCAGGCCGCAGAGGCAGCGCUAAAGGCCUGACCGUCAGCAGAUCCAACUCCAGCCUGAGUUUAUACAGCAGCGCUUCGGCUCCUAGCAGCCCUCUGACACGCAAGGCAUUGCUACGCAGAAGUUUCUCUGGUGAGAGGUGCAUUCGACCCAGGAGCUCUAUUGCAGCAUUGGGGAGCGAUCAUUUCUCUGCUGACAUUGACUCACCUUCACCUACGGAAGAGGCAGAAAGACCACCAACAUGACCACAUCUUGUCCGAUGUAUCUUGUACCAUGAGCUCAACCAGGCAGGUGUUCCUGAUCCGCAGGAUGGACAGAAAAACCACCCCAGCAGGCCUCAGAUCAGUGGCCACAUUCAGACAGUUCACUCAGUACAGCCACUCAUGUCCGGUCACAUGAGCUCUGCUGCACUAACUAGUGCUCUGAGGUGUGUUACACCAUCCGUUUCAUAUCAUAACAUGGAUUUGUUACCUUCACAGACUUUGUUUUUACAAAACUGACUCCCCGCUUUGUGUGUAACGAGAGACCACUGGAAUGUUUUGCAUGAGUUUGAGCAGCACGACGCCUGUAGUAUCAAAGAGCAAUAGCUUAUGUAGUGCUUUAUACAGCAUAUAUGCACAGAUGUCUGUAUUUUCUUUUGUUGCUUGAUGUAGGGGCAAAUGUUUAAUCUGACCCUUCAUCCGCAAGAGUCAAAGCCACUGCCUUUGUAUUCGUUUUACCACACAGUUAGUGAUGUGAUGCAAAAUAUAAACCAAAAUACUGCUGUCUUAUGGUUUAGGCUUUAUGAUAAGCUGUGCUUUAGGGUUUUAUGUUAUUGUUUUGUGUACGUGUGGCUAUUAUAUCCUCAGGUUUGAAGUGCUGGAAUAUUUCAGGGUCUAGAGUAUGAAUUUAAAGACCACAUGAAAUAUACCGCCUGCCACCAUUAGCAAUAGGAAAAAGUAAAUAAUGGUUCAAAGUGGUAAAUAAGCCCAAGAAAUACAUGGCUCUGCCUACUUUUUUCUAAAUUAUGUAAAUAGCAAAUGGCAAAACCUGAAAAACAGUAUUCUCAUUUUACAGCACUUUUCAGAUGACACAUCAUUUUUAUUCUCUAAUGCAGAUGCAGGUUGUCAUAAAAAAUGUGCCUGUGGAUAUAAAAUGGUUGCAAAAUAAUAUUGUGUUUCUUAUAGAACAUUUCAUGGCAGUUUUACAUGGAAAGGUCUAUUGUCUGAUGCUAAAUAGCAUGUAAAAUGCUCCAAAACAGUUUAAUGUGACUAUAGCAAUGUUUUAUGAUGUUGGUUGUUGUUGGUUGUACAUAUCGUGCCAUUUUGUCAACGAAAUCUUACCUAUGUUGUUUACAAAAGCAAAUGUGAGAUAAAAACACAUUUGCUGAAGCAAGCAUGCCAUUUUAGCUUGCUAACUGCAAAUGCACCGCUAUACCAGGUGCGCUACCAAGCAAGUUUACCGUGUCAGAAAUGCCACACAUGUGGAGCUGAUCAUGUGAUACAAAUUUCAGAAUGUUAAGUUUACAAAUAAUGCACUACGGUAAAAGUAUUCUGAGCUCAUAACAGAGUAUUGAGCAAGAAACCAUGCAAAAAUAAGCCUUUAUUCAUUGAUAAUCUUCCCCCGAAAUCAUAAUUUGUGUGAAAAGGAACAAAAGUUGUUGCCGUUUGCUGCCUCUUAGUGUUCAUUUUAGCUGGAAGCUGCUGUGAAAUGUAUGAAUAGGUACCUUUUUUUGCAGUUUUUAAGAAAUGUAGGCAAAGUCAUGCAUUUCCAAUAAGUCUGGGCUGCAAUUAGUACACAAAAUGUGUUCAAACGAAACUGUACUGUCAGUACUCUUAUUAUAAUCAAUAAACUAUCUGCCAUGAUUCUUUGAUGAACACGUUACCAGCUGUGAAAGUUGGAGCCUAAGAUGGUGGUGUAAAUACAAUCAUUCCCAAAUGACUUGAACACACAAGUCAACACAGAAAACUGCACUUGUUGAGUCGUUUUAUGAGGUCUUUAAAUACUUGUUUGUUUCAGAGCUUUGAGUCUGUUUAGGGAUGUUCUUUGGCAUUUUAGCAUUGUUUAAUGUAUGUUUCACUUUUACUUUUAUGUCCCAGUGUCUGUAAAAUGUAUAUAUAUUAGUGUAAUUUCCAGUAUAUAGACACCUAGAGAGUAUUUGCUUUGGUUUUGCUAAAAACUCUUAUUUGAUUUUGAACAAUCAUGCCACCGGUUGUAAUAACUUCCUUUGAGGAUAUGAAAGUGUAGGUCUCAAUGAGAUUAGCUGACUUAAUACUCAUCACAAAUGCUCCUUUAUCAGCACCAGCUGUGAUUUUUGACUUUUAAUUGAGCCAAACCACAUUGAUACGACCUGCUUUUUUACAGUGUCCUGCUCAGGGCAAAGUCUGCUGUAUUCAUUUUUUGCCUUAAACCUAUUUGUGAAUGUCGUGGGUUGAAAUCUUAUACCAUUGUACCAAGUGUUAUGGAUAUAGCAUUUGAUUCAAAUUACAUAUCAAAUAUGUGUGUCUUUUAAUUUUGUGCAUAUGCGGUUCGGUUCUCUUAAUUUUGGAGUUGAAAUGGGUUUUGAGGGUUCAGGAUUGCAGCAUUUCAGUUAUUGCUUUGCUACACCCUGUUGCAUCUGAGAAUAAUCAAAUGAAGGCAUUAUGGCUAAAAAUGAUAGAUGCAAAAGCAAUAUGGCCAAAAAUAUGGCACAUAUAUUUGCAAAGUGAGGUGGUCAGUGUUAUUUUGAUGAUUUGUAGUCAAAAGAAUUGUAAUGAUUGUCUCAUUGCCCGGCAGGAAAUAAUAAAGUCUGGCAGUGAUUGAUUAUCUAUGCAAAAUCCAUUUGACACUCAAAAUCCAUUUCACUUCUGUGAUUAUUCAUCACCUUAUAAAUGCUGGUAUAUCAUAAUUUCUGGAAACACUGGAAAGAGAUCCUCUUCUGCUAUGCACCUGCUAUUAUUGUACUGUAAAUCUCUGAUGCUGUAAAUAAUGGUAUGUUCAAGUAGCAUUAUUGCUUAUUUACUGUACGUUCCUGAUCUUAUAACAUAAGGUUACGUAGAAUUUGUGUUCAGUGCUGCAUUACUUCUAGGGCCUAGCUGUGAAAUGACACUAAUUAUAACAUUUCUUGUAAUUAUAAAUCUGUUCAAAUAAAAUGUUUUAUAGAAUGUUGUGUAUAACAUGGUCUAUAAACUGCUUUGUGCAUUUUAGCAACAUGAAGCAGAAAGAAAGAAAGAAAGAAAGAAAGAAAGAAAGAAGGAAAGAAAGGGUCAAAUAGAAUAUUCCACUUGAAGUUAUAAGUGUCCCUUUUCUGCACUGAAUUCAUCAAGAGCUGCUGUAAGACAUGCUGUAAAACUUUUAAGUAAAACAUCUUAAUGUUUGAAAUGCAAAGUAAGACAAAGUCAUUUUAACUAUAAAAGACAAAAAAUGCUACA